UGUGCAACUAUAAGUGUGAAGGAAGGAGUGGAAGAGGGCGAGGGCGAGGGCGAGCGAGUGAUCGCGCAAAGCAGAGGAAACAAGUUGUCGUCGUCGCGGUCAUCGCCGUCGUCAUCGCCGUCGCCAUCGCCAUCGCCAUCGCCAUCGCCAUCGCCAUCGCCGUCGUCGUCGCGGUCGUCGUCGCGGUCGUCGUUUUCCUCGUUUGGCAGGCCAUUUUGGCGAGAUAUGUGGUGUCGCGGUAAGAGCGAACGUCAACAAUUAGCUGUGAGCCGAGCUUAGCGCGAGCCGAGUAGUUGCUUUCUUAAUGCCACACCGUGGCAUCUGCAAACGUAACAGCGGCUGCAGUCAGGCACCAGGUUAAGGCUCGCGGCAGACUCGAUAUUAUUGUCGCCGUCGCCGUCGCCGUCGCCGUCGCUGCAGCCGCUGCCGACGCCGACGUCGCUGUCUCGGACCAGGGCAACUAGCAUCGAGGAUCAUGAAUCGCGGGGACGGCCUGGUGCAGCGACGCCGCGGCACAGCCAACAGCGGCAACGGCCCUGGGGCCCAGGACGGCUCGAACGAGGCUCAGGGUGGACACUCGGAUCGUCAGUCGCCCCACGACUCCGACGGCUCCUCCCUUAAGGACCUUAACUCCAAUCCAGCCCUCGAGGAGGACAGCGACAAGGAGACCAGGCUUACCCUUAUGGAGGAAGUUCUUUUGCUGGGCCUGAAAGAUAAGGAGGGAUACACUUCUUUUUGGAAUGAUUGCAUAAGUUCUGGCUUACGUGGUUGCAUUGUAGCAGAACUUGGGCUUCGAGGACGCGUAGAACUUGAAAAAGCUGGAAUGAGAAAGAGAGGAUUGUUAACGAGAAAAUUGCUAUUAAAAAAUAAUGCCCCGACAGGAGAUGUUUUGUUGGACGAGGCAUUAAAGCAUUUUAAAGAAACUGAUCCACCGGAAACUGUCCAGAAUUGGAUAGAAUAUUUAAGCGGGGAAACCUGGCAUCCGUUAAAAUUACGUUACCAGUUAAAAAAUGUCAGAGAAAGACUCGCAAAGAAUCUUGUAGAGAAGGGAGUUUUAACAACAGAGAAACAAAAUUUCCUCCUCUUUGAUAUGACAACUCAUCCAUUAACGGAUAAUCUUGCCAAAACUCGACUUGUAAGAAAGAUACAAGACGCAGUGCUGGGUCGAUGGGUGAACGACGCCGGUCGCAUGGAUCGUCGAACACUAGCACUUAUAAUUUUGGCACACGCGGCUGACGUUCUGGAGAAUGCGUUCGCCCCUUUAUCCGAUGACGAUUACGAGGUAGCGAUGCGUCGGGUGAGGACACUCCUUGACCUGGACUUCGAGUCCGAGGCGGGAAAGCCGAACGCCAAUCCCGUUCUCUGGGCCGUAUUCGCCACCUUCACGAAGUAACGGCCGCUGAUGUUUUGUCGACGUCGUUACAUUAGCUCCUAGUAUAAACUUAUGUGGGAAGAAAAUGAGAGGCGUACACACGGAAAAGAAUGACCUUUGAACCAAUCAAAUCAUCACAUGUUAUUGUGAUAAAUAUUACCUUUCUUCAUUUUUAUUUA